ACAAGUCAAAAUAAAAGAAAAAUAGAAAGUGAGAGAGCGGCCGUUGACGGCUUUCUCCAAGUGUCGUUAGUUUCAGAGCGCCACCCUAAUUCUUGAAUUUCCAAGACCAUGGGCUGCGUUUCCCCUCCCUUUUCGCUCCACCGUUAUCCCACACCGGCAAAUCCCACCUCCGCCGCCGCCGAAUACGUUGCCGCAACUUUCUUUCCCGCCAAUUUGAACCGUUUCCACUGGCCGCGAAAACCGUUUCUUCCUACAUCUUCUGUUCAAUCAGUAUUCCGGUCGUUUCCCUCGUCCCUCUCAAGCCGCAGUCCCAAUCUUCUCCGACCUUUCGCCGCCGCCGCCAACCACAAUGGAGACAAUAACAACAACGGCGGAGGUAGAAAUGACGGCGGCGGCGGCGGCGAUUGGUGGGAUGAUUUCUUCAAUUUUGACGAGAAGCAUCUCUUUCUGCUCCCUUUUUCUUGUAUGUUCACAAAUGAAAAUAAUACUUUUGCGUCUGUCACUUCGUGUAAGCCGCUUCUCCUAUUACUCGUUUCAGUCUCGUCUUCCGUCACCUGCGGCUUGCUAUUAGCUUCAUUAGUACAGGCGAAGACUAAUGGCGAAGAGAAUGAUACAGAGACUUUGUAUGAAAUUCGAGGAGGAAAGCGGGUUGAGCUCGUAGCAGAUCACUUCAAAGAUGAAUUUAUUGUUCCGAGAACAGUGUGUUUUUGGUCGCCACGGGGCUCCGAUUCAAAACCGUCCUCUUUCAGGGACUUUACCGUUGAUUUGUGGAUGCAAUGUAGGAACUUAGCCAUGAGUUUGAUGUUGCCAGAGGGGUUUCCCGAGAGUGUUACUAGUGAUUACUUGGAAUACUCUCUUUGGAGAGCUGUUCAAGGUGUUGCCGCCCAAAUUAGCGGCGUUCUGGCCACUCAGGCUUUGCUUUAUGCUGUUGGAUUGGGGAAAGGGGCCAUUCCUACUGCUGCGGCUGUGAAUUGGGUGCUCAAGGAUGGAAUUGGAUAUCUUAGCAAGAUUCUGUUGUCAAACUAUGGCAGACAUUUUGAUGUCCAUCCAAAAGGUUGGAGGCUGUUUGCUGACCUCUUGGAGAAUGCUGCUUAUGGACUGGAGAUACUGACUCCAGCAUUUCCCCAUCUGUUUGUACAUAUUGGUGCGGUUGCUGGAGCAGGGAGAUCAGCUGCUGCAUUAAUACAGGCUGCUACGAGGAGUUGUUUUUAUGCUGGCUUUGCUGCUCAAAGGAAUUUUGCUGAGGUAAUUGCUAAGGGUGAAGCACAGGGUAUGGUGAGCAAGGGCAUUGGAAUUAUGCUCGGAAUAGCACUUGCUAACUACACAAGUUCUUCUACACCCCUUGCUCUUGCUUCUUUUGGCGUGAUAACUUGGAUUCACAUGUUCUGUAAUCUGAAGUCAUAUCAGUCCAUUCAGCUAAGGACUUUAAAUCCUUACCGCGCAAGUAAAAUCUUUUUCCUUUACUUUUAUUGUGUUUGA